ACAAAACCUCAAACACUCUAAUCGUCAAAAAAAGAAACGAAUAAGAUGAAAAUGUUUAACCCCUUUCAAAACCUAAUCUUAGCCACCACCAUCUUCCUAGUAUUCGUUGUUUCCCUAAGAGCCCAAGACAGCCCACAAGACUAUUUGGACGCUCACAACAAAGCACGAGCCGCGGUUGGGGUGGGUCCUUUAAGGUGGGACGAGAGGGUGGCUGCAUAUGCUCGUGACUAUGCGAACCAGCGUAGAGGUGACUGCGCCUUGCAACACUCGAGCGGGCCCUAUGGAGAAAACAUCGCUUGGAGCAGCGGUGACAUGUCAGGUGUUCAAGCCAUUAACAUGUGGGUGAACGAAAAGGUUGACUACAACUAUGGUUCCAACACAUGUGCCUCGGGAAAAGUGUGUGGCCACUACACUCAGGUUGUGUGGAGAAACUCGGUGAGGAUGGGAUGUGCAAAAGUGAGGUGCAACAAUGGCCAAACCUUUAUUACUUGCAACUAUGAUCCUCCCGGUAAUUUUAUUGGUCAGUGGCCUUACUAAAAAGAAAACCCCCCGUUUGAAUGUUAUACAUGCAUGUAUUAUAUUGUUUCUAUGUAUGUUGUUUGUUCAGUUAUACCAAUCUUCUUCAUAUCAGCUAAUUAAUAAUGAUUGGUUUGUCCAGUCCGGUCCUCUUUAAUUAGUCUUUUGUACCAUAUCUAUGUGUGGAUUUUAUAAUGGAAUAAGAAAAAUGCAAUGCUGCGCCUUGCACUU